CGGAAGUGCAUCCUGUAAACAGCUGAUUCAAAUUAGCGCGCACGUGUGCGGCUCUGCGGCAGCGGCGGGGUGACCUCCCGCGUGACUCUGACCUCUACGGCCACCCCGAUCUGACCCUAAGUGACCCACAACCCCCCGUCUCUCUCCCUCCUACCGGCCCACCCCCCCCGUCUUCACCAGCCACAGCAUUCGCGGCAGCUGCGGCCUAGCGCUGCCUCGAGCCGUGCCGGCGUUUGCCAGGGUUCGCCGCCGGCGCGCGAGAACGCGGCCGAGAGCUCCGGGCGGCGCGGUGAUGCGGGGUCCCCGGGUCCCCACCGCGCCGCCUCUGCCGCCGCCGCCGCGGGGCCGGGGAGGCGGCGCGGGUGGUGGUCCCCCGGCGGCGCCGUCGUUGUCGGCGCGGCCGCUGCUGCUGCUGGCGGCGUGGGGCCACGAGGCGCUGGUGCUGGGGUUGGUUCGGGCGCGGCGCUCGCUGCUGCGCGCCGCGCUCGCCGGCUCCGUGCUGCUGCUACUGCUCUGGGUGUCGCUCUUCCUCUACGGCUCCUUCUACUACUCGUACAUGCCGGCCGUGAGCUUCGAGGCGCCCGCGCACUACCACUUCAGGUCCGACUGCCCCCGUCUCGGGGAGGAGCUGUGCUCAUUCCCCGUGGCUAACGUCUCGCUCACCACCAACCACGGGCGUGACCAGGCGAUGAUGUUCGGGACCCCGUACCACAUCUCCCUGGAGUUGGUCCUCCCCGAGUCUCCGACCAAUCAGCGGCUGGGGAUGUUCAUGGUCGUCAUGGAGACGUACGGGCGCGGAGGCGAGAGUCUGCAAACAGCAGAGCGCGCGGUGAUGUUGCGAUACCGCUCGUGGUUGUUGCGGCUGAUGGAGACUGUGGUGAACGCGCCGCUGCUGCUCGGCGGUUGGACCGAGCAGAAGCAGACGCUUGACGUAAACUUCUACUCGGACUACCGAGAAAACGCGUACCGCCCCACGUGGGGGGCUCUGGUUGAGAUUCGCGCGCGCAGAGUGGAGAUCUACUCGGCAAUCGUGCGCAUCCACGCACGAUUCACAGGGCUCAGGUACCUGAUGUAUUACUUCCCCGUGACGUGCGCACUUGUCGGAGUUGUGAGUAACUUCUCGUUCCUGCUCGUGGCCGCGCUGCUCUCCUACCUCCAGUGGGGGGGGGGCAGGCCCCCUGACAACAUCCGCGUGCAGGUGGACUUCAGGGAGGGAGUGACCCCCGUAACUACCUCAACCCCAGGGACGACUCUAAGACAACGGCGAGACGCGCUAAGACAGCGGAGAGACGAACUGACUGCUGGACAAACGCUGCUGACGCCGGCAGGAACAGGCCGUGGUGGUCGUGGUGAUGGUAGCGGUGAUGGUGGUGAUGGCCGUGGUGAUGGUGGUGAUGGCCGUGGUGAUGGCGGCGGUGGUGAUGGUGGUGGUGGUGCCGUGCUGGAGACGCUGGGAGUUCGCUCGUCUCUGCCGCUCGUUCGAGUUGCCGUGGAGACCACGGAGGAGGCCACUGCCGUCGUCGCCAGCGACGACACGGAAGAGGGUGACGCCCCCCUCCUUGCGACCUCUGACCCGGAGCAGGGGUCACUCAGGCAACGUCACGUGACCUCGCUUAUGCACUUCCCCCCUAACCCAUCGCCCCCCCCCUCAACUAUGACCCCUGAACACUUGACCCACGGCCCUGCACUGUGACCCACGGCCCUGCACUGUGACCCAGCGCCCUGCACUCUGACCCAGCGGUGCCGUGCACUGUGACCCAGCGCCCUGUACUGACCCAGCGGUGCCGUGCACUGUGACCCAGCGCCCUCCGCUCUCCGUGAUGCUUGUGGCGAUCUGCCAGUCCCAGUGCAUACUUAAGACUGUUACAGAGCUCCCUCUCUACCCCCUCCUCUCCCCUCUGCACGUUCGCGAUUGCUUGAAAAAAUAUAAACAAAUAAACUCAAAUGACCCGAUGGUGACCCACGUCUACCAAUGUCUCUAGCCUUGCCUAGACCACCAGCUCCAGAGUGGGGACGCGUGACGGUACAUUCGAAGCGACCGCCGACGCGGCGGAGGGCUGGGAACGUGGCCGCAUGAGCGAGCGCUCGGGUUUCCUGGGUAGAAGGGGGCCCCUGGGUUUGAUUCCCGACUGGGUCGCUACCCCUCUCUGGCGAGUUUGUACGUCGUAUGUAUGUUGAACUUCUUUCGCACCAUACGUAGCCAACCGUGCGAAUCGGUAGGUGCGAGAAAAGUUUGUUCUCCCCCUGUUCUGCAUGGGGUUUCUCUGUUUAGCGACAUAGAAAAGUAAUGCAGCAGCGUAGCGCUGGCUGCUGGCGGGGAAGGGGAUCUGCAGCUUGCAGCAGCCCUGACGUCAGCAGGCCACGUGACACACCAGAGGGGAUAUCUGGGGGAAAGGUUACAGGAGCACGUGGGGGGAGCCUGGGAACCCGCCGGUAGGUUCUAGACAAGGGGCGUGGCCAGGAGCGAGGCCACGCUGGGAGCAUAAAAGGGGGCCCUGAACGAGAGCUCGGGGCUGUCGUUUGGAGUGGGAUCUCCGUUGUGCUGUUGAAGAUCGUCGCUGUUGUCUUCACUCGACAUUGCGCUGCUAGACGGUAGUUGGCUGUCUCGGUUCAGCGCCGUCGGUGUUAGACGGCUCGCGUUGUGUGUAGGCUCGCGACACACGUAGAGUUUACACUGAGACAUCUCCUUUACCAGUGGCAAAAUAUAGUAGUAGGUUUUUACCCUUUCAACUGGUACAAAAACUGACACCUUUAUACAAGGCAUCAUGUUUUCAAUAACCACAACACAAUCAGUCAAAAUGCAUCAUCUGGUCCAACACCAAUGGAGACUAGGCUCUAAGAAAAGCUGUCUCGGGUGUGGACCAAUCGACUUCAAUGACAUUAUCAUCAGAGUUGUUUCUUUUUGUUUGCAUUUUGACUGCUUGUGUUGUGGUUAUUGCAAACAUGAUGCCUUGUAUAAAGGUGUCAGUUUUUGUCCCAGUUGAAAGGGUAAGAACCUAUUACCACGUAGAGUUGUGUAUAAAGUGAGCGACAUAAGAGCGUGGACCAGCGUAGGGUGUGUA